GUCCGUGUAGCGCAUUAAUCGUUCUCAGUCGGCGUCUGUCUUCAAGCAAAUCAAGUUCUCGUAAAGUGUGCUCUGCAAACUUUUCUGUGUGAUUUGAAAUUAAAAUAACUUAUUUAAAACUAAAUCUCUAUUUAAAACUCAAACAAAACAAACAAAAAACUAUCUAAAAAUGGCUGAUAUCGCAGUUGAACAAAAGGAAUCUCCAGUUGUCGAAAAGGAGGUCGUCGAAGUCGAUGCCCCAAAGGUUGUUGACGAGGAAAACGAAGUCGUUGAAAACGGCAACGGUGAGGAAGCCGCCGUCGCUGAACCAGCCGUCGUUGCCGACAAAACAGAAGAAAAUGGUGUAGAAAAAAAAGAAGAAGACACCACCGAAGAAGACAAAGUGGCUGAAGAAGUUGAUGUCCAAAAUGGUGACAGUACCGAAGCUGCCCCAGAAGCCGUCAAGCGAAAAGCCGUUGAAGAAACCGACGCUGCUGAAGCCGUUGCCGACGAGACAGCCCCAACACCCGAAAAGAAAUCCAAGGUGGAGGAAGUUGCUCACGAAAAUGGUGGCGCCGAAGAAGUGGUUGCCUAAAUUGGGCUGACGAAACAACAACAACAAAAAUCAAACACACACCACACACAUACAAAAAACAACAAAAUUGACACAUGAAAAAAAAUUAAAAUACAAAAAAAAACAAUCAACAAAAAAAAAACACUGAUAAGAUUGCAUCCAUACACAGAAUAAAAAAAAACUGAAGAUAAUACAAUCCAUCUCAUUUUCAAAACAAAAAACGAUUACUUAUUUUUUUUUUUGAUAAAAAAAAAACAAAAAUCGACCAUCCACACAGCCAAUUCUUAUAUUGAGGAAAAUAAAAAAGGACAAAGAUUUAGAUACACGCAGAGAAACGAGAAAAAAAAUAGAGAAAUAUUUUUUAGGAAAAAAAACGGACAAAACAUCUAUCUCCCAGCAUUAGAUCUUUUUUUUGUAAAUGUGGACUCGGUUUUUUUCACUGUAUUCUUUAUUAUUUUUUCUUUUCCUAUUGAUUCAUCCAUUUCAAAACUGAACGUACAGAUUAUUCAUUACAAACAAACAAAAUCAUACAAACAAGUAUCUUAAAUCGUAAGAAUCUAAUUAAAAAUGAAGUAAUUAAUAAAACAAAUAAAUGAUUUAAACGAAAAGAAAAGAAAGAGGAAAGUUUAAAAUGAAAUAAGUAAGAUAAUAAAUCAAUUGAAAUGAAAACAAACAACACACAACAAACAGAGAAAGAAGAUGAAGGAAAAUUCAAGAGAAAAGUAAACUUCUUUUUUUCGUUAAAUUAAGCGUAUUUAGUGGAUUUUCUCAAUUGAUCUAUAAUAAUUAGUCAAGAGUGAAAGAAAAAAACAAACAACAACAAACAAAAAUGUUCAAUUUAUAUUUGAAUCUGUACAUGCAUCCUUCACACCAUCAUACGAUCACACAAUUCACACAUUCACACCGCACACACAUCAUACACCACAUGACACUCGAAAUCGUUUAACAAUCGCAUUUCAUCCAUAGGAUUUAUUCUUCGAUCUAGAUGGUUUCGUUGUUUUAAUAUCCAAAGGAAGCAUUUCGUUGAACAUCAAUUAUUUUGAAACGGAGUGAAUGUUUUGAGUCGUCAUCGAAUCCGUUUCAUCUUUGUUUCAAUUUCAAACAAUAUCGAUCAUUCAUUCCGUUCUUAUUUUCACACGAAAUCAUUCGAAAAUGCAGUGUUCCAAGUAUUGUUGUGUGUGGUGUUGGGAUACAACCAAAUUGCGUUCGUUUGCUGAUAUUCAGUAAUCAAUAGAAAAGAAAAAUAUGCAACAUAUCGUCGUCGGUUUGUCCGGUGAAUCAAAGCUUUGUGUUCGACGAGCUCUUCUCUAAACAUCGGAUCCAAACAAAUUGGGGGUUUUGUUGUUUUCAUUUUGAUGUAAACUAUGAUUUGAUUAUUAUUUUAUUUGACUUCAUUUUUCCCACGUUUUGCUGAAUUGUCCUUUCUUCAAAAUAAAUAUACAGAAAAAAACAACAACAACAACAACAGCUGAAGUGGUUUCUUGAGCCUCGAAACAACAACCUUGAACAAACCCAAGCGAAAAUGUGCGCAUUUUAAAUAUUUGAUCACUCGUUCGGAUUCUAUUUAUUUUGAAUAUUUUCUCGCGUUCGGUGCUUCAAUUUUCCUAUGUAUAGCCCGAUACCAAACAAUCCUAAUUUUUAGGAGAAACAAAGUAUUAAAAGACAUUUGUUGAUACAAAUCUCGUCCCUCCGAUAAAUAGAAACUCAUCGACGCAAUGAGUAUGAUCAAAUAUUUCGUGCUCAUGUACUUACUUACGUAUACGCACUUUAUUUAGCUAAAAUGAAAUUAAAAAAAAAACAAAUACAAUAACAAUACCAACGUAGAAAAAUAAAAAAAAGAAACAAAACCGUAAAAAACAUCGAUUUCUCUGAGAUUUUUCUUUGUGUCUUUUUCUGAUAGUCGAGGAAACGACGAAAGCGCUGUUGUCGAGAAAACCAAAUUCUUGUUGAAUGGUUUAGUGAAAGAGAGAGUCAAAAAUAAUUCCUGUCGAAUGGUUUGAAAAGAAAUGAUGAAGGUGAGUCUGUGAACUGAAUUGAUGUCGUUGCGAUUUCGAAUUGAAAUGAAGUCGUUCGUGCUCUCUCUCUCUCUCUCUCUCUCUCUCUCUCUCUUUGUUUCGGGUUGGUUAUUGUAUUCCAUUUGGGUUAAAAACUUUCGAACACAAAGUGCGGCUGUGGCCGGAUUCCUCGAUCUGACACUGAAUAUAUAUGCAAACGAUAAAUUAUGCAAUUGUUCGACACUGCACGCAAUUCCCCGAAUGGAAAUGCACAGCACUGAUUUAUCGCAUUGUUCUCGCGCGCUAAUCAACAUUCUGCAGACAUUUCGGCAUGCUUUCUCUCUGUUCUCGGCCCAUUAUGCAAAGUGAUUUUCUUUCUCUCUUUGUAUCGAAUGGCGGAAAAUGCGAAUUUUUGAGCCAAAAUUGCAUGCAAGCGUGCGUGUUUUCAGUCAUUUUUUUCAUUAGGGUGCAACAUCCACACAUCAUAAGUCCAUGGGAAUACUUGUUUCCGACAGAAAAAAUUAGGCAUCAUCAUUUGUUCAUUCAUUCGCAAUAUAAAGUUUGGGUUGAGUGCACAAAACUGAAACGAGGGCGACAAAUAUUGAAAAAGAACAGAAAACAAAGCAGAAACGGUUGCAUUUUGGCGCGAUUUUUGACAGUUGUUGGUCUAGAUUGUGCGAAAGAGUGAGUAGACUUUUUCUUUUGAUUAUUUACGGUGCGACCACCUGUUAAGCCCCAAAUCAACCGGAAUAAAUUACAUUCUUUUUUCUUAUUUUACUUACAUCCAUUCAGCCAAAUCACUGUCACAUCAAAAAAAAAAAUAGAACAAAAAAUAGUACAGAUUCUAUUCUAAUUGUUUAUUCGCAAUAUAUGAAUAUGUAUGUGUUACUUAGGGGUUGUGUACAACCAAGUCCGAAAUUUGUUUACAUUACUGGUUCCUGUAUCAAUCAAAAAAUACCAAUAUAUUCUGAUGAAUUUUCGUUCGGAAAAGUCAGUUCAUUAAAAAGCGUCUUUUUGCGCAAUUAAGAAAACCCACACAUUUACAAUAGACAGCUGAAAUAAGACCAUUUUUAUUCAAUGUAUACAAAUUGAAUUGUACACAAUUUCCAUACAUUACAAAUAAAUUGAAGUUUCAAACCAA